ACACAUAAUCUAUCUAUAUGGGGUCAUCAUUUUUUACGUCCAUAUCCUAUCCUUGAACAUUCCUGAACCUUGAACCUAACCUUACCAUUUUAAACCUAGUCCCAAGGAUUCCCGAAACUACCUGUGCCACUGGCUGCGAAUUAGAUGUGGGCUACCGAACCACACCCCCAAAUCUCUCUCGAUGGCCGGGUGCGCAAUCUGUUUGUCCGUGUUCUGUGUGCAUGUGCAGUGGGUUGGUAGGCAUUUUGUUUAAUUCGUUCUGCAGCUUAGUCAGACAACCCACGUGCCAGAUUCGGUUAAAUCCAAGAUAGCACUCGAGUCAGAGCAACCGAAGCCAGCGCGGUUUUUUUACGGGAUGAAAAAAAACCGUUUCGGGACCAUCGCUAGGUGGGAGUGUUGGGGGCGCCGCAGGUGUGUCACGAACAGGGUCGCGAGACUAACGAGUGGUCAGUCUGGUCCAACUUUUCCGAACAAAGCCGUUAAAUUCACGGUGGCAGAAUCAAUGACUGACGGAGUACUCUGGAGCAAGCAGCAGGGAGAUCAAUCAACAUGUUCAAAUCGGUCUUCCCGCUGAAGAAGCUGAGACGGAGUCGGAAACAUCUGCUGUUCUUAGCCUUGCUGAUGCUGGGAGCUUUCGCUGUUUACCAAGAGUUUGUAGCUACUAGUGUGUGGAGGAUCACCAAUAGCCGUUUCAGUCCUACCAGUGAGGGCAGUCCCAGGAGAAGACCUACCCAAGAAAGAGUGGUUGGAGGUGAUGUGGGGGAGGAUUAUUCAGAAGCCUGGUGUUCCAGCUACACCCCACAGCCUUGGAGGCCAGAGUAUAAGGGACAGGUUAAUCUCCAUAUCUUUGAGGACUGGUGUGGCAGCUCUACAGCUCAGCUCCGCAAGAACCUGCACUACCCACUCUACCCACAUUCUAGAACCACUGUAAAGAAGCUGGCUGUUUCUCCUAGAUGGACCAACUAUGGCCUCAGGAUCUUUGGCUAUCUCCACCCCUAUACUGACGGUGAGUUUGUGUUUGCGGUGAGCUCUGAUGAUAACUCUGAGUUCUGGCUGAGCCGGGAUGACUCUCCACUCAACCUGCAGCUACUGACCUGGAUCGGCAAGACUGGCAUGGAGUGGACGGCACCUGGUGAGUUUGGGAAGUACGCCAGUCAGACAUCCAGACCGGUUAGGCUGUCAGUUCAGAGGAUGUACUUCUUUGAGAUCGUCCAUAAACAGAACGACAGAGGAACAGACCACAUGGAGGUGGCGUGGCAGCUGAACCAGGAGGGUCUAAGCUUUACAGUCAUCAGCUCCAAGUACAUAUCCCUCUAUACCAAUGAGUCCACUCUGAGGAUGAGUGACACCACUCACAUACCCCAAACGGCCGCCAGUCACACCCGCACGCCUAGCAACCAGCCUGACAACCAGCUGAGCAGCCAGCCUGUGGCCGACAUGCAGAGAGUUGACCCACGGGACACCCUCUACCAGAGUAAGACCUCACACUCUCACUCACACACACUACAGUCGUUAGAUAGAAAAAACAACAACUCUGUGUGUGUAGUCCCUGCCCUAGACAGUAGGUACCUCCGUGGUGUGUUACCUGACUGCUCCUAUAAACCAAGCUACAUCAUCAAAGGCUUCCCUCUGCUGCGAUACCAGGGUCUGCAGUUUGUCCACAUGUCCUACAUCUACCCCAAUGACUACACACGGCUCACACAGAUGGAGACAGAAAACACCUGCUUCUACCACAACAGUCCCCUAGACCUGGACAGGUAUGGCUUUUCCAGGUACAUGCGGCUGGAUGAGCCAGAGGGGCAGGAGGGAGAGAACAGAGCCAGAGAUAUUGGCAUCUCGAUGAGGAGAAAGGCGGUCCCAGAGGAGGGGUUAGAUGGCGAGGCUCCUCCAAAUGUGGGAGGGGCUAGUGAGACAGACCACACCCCUCCUGACUAUGGAGACGACUAUGACGAUUACGCCAAGAGACGACGACGCAAACUCUUCUCCCUGCCACAGGCCGACAGGGCACCUACACAUAGAAACAUGUCUGAUACUCUCACAUACAAGAAGAGGAGGAGGAAGAAGAGGAGAGGAUCUAAUGCAGCAGCUGUAGUCCAGACCAGAGCAACAGAAAUGGAUGGGUUAGAGAUCCCUCAUGGUCCUGGGUCACAUAAACCUAUACAGACUACACCAGAAGAAAAGCUGAGACCAGCAGACAGACCAACAGAUAGAGCAGUUGAACAGCUCAGACCAGCACAAAAAAAAAAGUCCCGAACAGGGGAACAGAAACCAAGAGGGAAUACAGCAGACAGAGAAGAUCUGGGUCCAGCAGACAGAGAAGAUCUGGGUCCAGCAGACAGAGAAGAUCUGGGUCCAGCAGACAGAGAAGAUCUGGGUCCAGCAGACAGAGAAGAUCUGGGUCCAGCAGACAGAGAAGAUCUGGGUCCAGCAGACCAAAGUCAACCCAGACCAAGAGAGGGACCAGCAGAACAGAACUCAACUGGGAUAAAGAUUUUACCUUCACCACAAAAACUAGACCAGAACAUGCCAACAGACAGAUACAGACCAGCAGAGAGAUACAGACCAGCAGGCGGACCAGCAGACAGAGACGGACUAGCAGACAGAUCAGCAGACAGAGACAGACCACAAGUUCGGCUUCCCCAGCUGCAAGGGAGGCGCCGGCGCAUUCAACAGCCUGGUCAGAUGGGUGGGACUAAGAUUAAAUCACCUCUAGUGAAGUUGUACCACAAAGCAACUGUGACUAGGAAGAGAGUCCAGGACCUAGAUACAGAUAUCAUCCUCCGAGCACAAACACAUAUAAAGUCACGACCGCAACCUGACUAUGACAACACAGUCCACAGGGCUCUGCCCCCUGGCGAGGUCAGAGGAAGGAACCAUCUGGUUGAAGGGAUUGACAGAGGGGAGGAGGGUGAGAGAAAGGGGGAGGAGAUGGGUGUGAGUGAGUCUUUAUGGAGUCUGGGGGGAGACUCUGAAGAGGAGGAGGGGCUGGCUUAUGACUCCACACCUCCACCGGUGUUUGACCCUGAGGUGAACUGGGCUCAGACAUUCCAGGUGACCCCUGUUAACCUCCAGGCGAUGCGUUCUGAUUGGAUAGACCUAAGCUGUAACGUGUCUGGUAACCUGCUGCUCCGCCCUAGUGAUGCUCUGCCUGUCGUCAAGGCCUUCAUGGACAAACUAAACCACAGACACAACAGGCAUUUCUCCCUGGUGCGUGUGCUGAAUGUUGAGAGGAAAGUGGAUGGGGUUCAGGGCAGCAGGUACUUCCUGGAGCUGGAGCUAAGGGACAUGACUGGCCAACACCUUCGUUUGUCACACUACAUCUAUGCUCUGAUUCGCCAUAAUCGAUCUCGCCCCAGGGGAGUCCUUCGCCGUGCCCCUGAGACGUUGCUAUGCAAGCCUCUAGGCUUCCACUGGAACCCGACUGCCACUGUACACUUCAUAGUACCAGUAAAGAACCAGGCCCGCUGGGUGCAGCAGCUGAUAGAUGACAUGGAGGGUCUGUACCAGACCACUGGAGAUCCCUACUUCAACCUCAUCAUCACUGACUACAACAGCACUGACAUGGAUAUAGAGGCAGCACUAAAGGCAUCCACGCUGCACAGGUACCAGUACGUGAAGCUGAGUGGAAACUUUGAGCGUUCCGCUGGUCUACAGGCUGGCAUCGACCUCAUCAAUGAUGAGCACAGUAUAGCGUUUCUGUGUGACCUUCACAUCCACUUCCCCCCGUCCAUCGUCGACUCAGUCAGGAAACACUGUGUGGAGGGACACAUGGCCUUCGCCCCCAUCGUCAUGAGACUGGACUGUGGAGCUACGCCCAAGGAGCCCAGAGGUUACUGGGAGGUGAAUGGGUUUGGUCUGCUGGGGAUCUAUAAGUCUGACCUGGAUGCAGCAGGAGGCAUGAACACACACGACUUCACUGACCGCUGGGGCGGAGAGGACUGGGAGCUGCUGGACAGGAUUCUGCAGUCGGGUCUGGAGGUGGAGCGUAUCUACCUGAGGAACUUCCUGCAUCACUACCAUUCUAAACGUGGCAUGUGGAACCGGCGCACUCAACGCAGUGGCACGUAACCCACAACCACACAGCCAAAUUGUACAAUGAUGCAGCCAUAACCCACUACGACACAGCUGUAACUCACGACGACACAUCCGUGGCCACAAGGAAAUCAAGGAAACUGGCGCACUUUAAUUUCCGCACUCCUCGCAUCAGCCAUUUACAGCUGUCGACUGGUUAACGAGAGGGCAGGACAGAGGAGAUUCCUGACAUACCAUUGGGUGAUAUCUCCUGUCAUUCAAACUGUUUGAGGGUGUGGUGAUUAUGAAAUACAGAACAUAGUACUAACUGUCCUGGAAGAAGAGCUGAGCUCGUGCAGAGGUACUUAAAUCUUAACAUGGAGGUCCACAGUACUACUAGUUAGCCAGAGAGUCCACUCACCCAAGUCUGAAUCAGUACACACACACACACACACACACACACACACACACACACACACACACACACACACACACACACACACACACACACACACACACACACACACACACACACACACACACACACACACACACACACACACACACACACA